AUGUGGUCUUGCCUUGAGCCUGUUCCAACCAUCGAUGAAUCCAUCGUUGGUGAUUUUUGUACGAAUGGUUUGCUGCGAAUCAAAAGCGAGAAAACGGUGGUGAAAACUCCAAACAUCAACGGGAUUCUACAAAACAGCCGGCUUAUCAUAUCGAUCGACAGCGCCCUGAUCCUGUACCCGGACGAGAAGCGGUGCAAUGAUGGAAACUUUAUCGACGUUACUCACCCGGUGGAAGCGAUCGCCGUGUCCGCCAGUGGCAACAUCAUCGUGUGUGGCUUGUGCGACGGCACGAUCAUUGGGCUGCACAUAAAUGGUAUCAACUUAUUCUCGUUCCAAAUCGAUCCGAGCGACGCCGGGAACGCAGAUGGUCGGUGCUUUGCUGGAAUAUCCGAUGAAGGAAACGGGAGCUACGUUAUUCAAACUGCGCGCGGUUCACUGUAUCGUGUGGCGGUCGAAGAGGCGAAGAUUGCGGAGUACAUCGCAAAAACUAACCUGGAGCAGGAGUCCUGGACCGGCGCAUUCCCCGACUGUGCCAGCUGUGACCGACUGCUGGGCAAGCAGUUUCGGGAUCCGAUCAGCUGUUUCAUUCUUGUGCGCCGCGAAGAAUCAUCACCGUAUCCGUUGAUUGUCGCGGCAAACACGGACAUGUUGUGCUUUUACCGGGGAGACUUCGUCGAAAAGGUGCAGCUGAAACCGGAGUACGAUGGCGUAAAGAAGAUGUAUACUUUGAUGAACUUCAACUUUGCCCUUACGCACAGUGGCCAAAUUUUCGAGAUAUGCCCACUGUCCAAGUUCUAUUCCGAACUGCCGUACACGUUCCGAAUCGACGAUCUGGUGAUUUUGGAGGCCUCGGCGAAUGUCAUCGAAAUGCUCAUCAUUACAAAGGCGGACGCAAAUGGUCGAAAAUUGAUGAAGAUUGUUAACUUUCCCUCGAUGGAGCUGAAGCAGGAAAUGGAAAUGCCUGAGCAUACGUGGCUGGUGCAGCAGCCUAAAAAUUCCGCCAACAUCUACUAUAUCGUCGGGCAAACGCACCGUGAGCCCGUGGUGCAAGAGUUCGAGCUGAAGAUUCUAUCGGAAACCGAUCCGUCGCAACGACUGGUGAAGCUGAUCAAGAUAGGGCGGUUCGACGAGGCCGAAGUGUUUGCCCGACAAUUUGAACUCGACGUUCAGCUCGUGCACCAAGCGCGCGCCAAGUUGCUGCUGGUAAACCUCGCGUCCGGGAAUGUAGAGGACAAGUUCCACAAGCUGAUGGCGGCACUGGCGCACGUAGACGAUGCGGCGUUUCUCAGUAGCAUACGUGAUGCCCCGAUCAAUGAUAGGAACCUGAAGAAACGGUUCCUGCAAUUUUUGCUCACGAAAGUGACCGUCGCUGAGGAUCCAACCAUGGAAUCGGUCAUUGAGAUCAACGAGCAGGUGCUGCGUAUCGAAACGCUCAAACUGAUCGACCCACUGGGUAUCGAUCAGGACUGGCAGCAGUUUGUGUACCACGACAACCUUCCGCAACUCUGCACCGAACUUUUCCAAAAGGACAUGGACGCGGCCUGCCUGAUCUGGUCACGGCACAUUGCUUGCAUCCUGCCACAGCUAGACGAAGUCAAGGUGGCCGCCCUGCUGGCCCGAAUUCCGAAAGAAACGUCGCCGCUGCACAUCGUCCAGUGGUUGCUGCACUUCGUCAGUCCCAUAUUGCACCAUCAUCCGCAAAUGAUGCAGCUCCUCGUGCAGUACAUCAUCGCGAAAGCGAAAUCGUUUCAAAAGCUACCGAGCUGGCCCAUGGUGGGCUUAACGUUCGUCGAGGAUGUCAUCAAGAUACUGGCGGAUGUGCAGUUCCCCCUGAUCGAUCUGCGGCUGCAGUAUAACAGCAAUAUGGACGAACUGCACAGAAUGGCGCGCGCUCUCCGCGAUCUCGUCACACUGAAGCAAAAGUUCAACCUUCUGGCCAAUCUCGAUUGCUACAUCGACGAAGACAUCGAAAGUACCGCUUUUCGAUUGCUGCAAAUCACGCCACUCAAUCUGCUGAACCGCAUCGUCACCGAGUUUCUGUGGAAAUUCUUCGUCGGCAAAGAGUCGAACCUUUAUCAUCAGAUCGUCUGCUACAUCCGGUUUCUCCUCAACAACCAGUACAGCAGCUUCUGGGACCAACGGUCGAUCACGCUGAUCGAGCUGCUGUACGACGAGCAGCAGCAGAUGGAAACGGUGCUGGCCAUUCUGAAGGCGGCACCCGUCCCAUGGCCCGCCACGAUCGCCUCACUCAUGAAGUACGCUACCUGUGAUCAUCCGAUCGCGGAGGAAAUCGUAAUGGCCCAAAACAUGCAAACAAUCAAGUGUUUGCAGAUGAAGUACGGCUGGAGCGUUAAAGCACCGUACGAUCCGAGGCUGCUCGUGCAACGUGUACUGAAACUGCAUCUACCCGACAUGCUGGUCGAUAUCGCGACGAUCGUACGGACCAACCCGGGACUAACGUUUUCCACUGACCUGAGCGUGAUCGCAAAGCUGGCCGAAGCGGGUGAAGUCAUCGUGGCCGCAGAAUAUCUGGAUGGGCUGAACGAGAAGCGAAAAGUCGCCUGUUGCCGGGGCUCCAUCGGCAUGAUGAUCCGUACGGUGGAUGCCGGAAGAAUCUCUACAAACCUUGCGAUGGCCUACCUGGAAACGCUGCAGAUGCUCAAGCAUCGAGCGGACGCGGAGCAGCAGCAAGACAUUCAACAAAUUGUUCACAUCAUGCAGCUUCGCAUCGAGUUCGGGCUGGCCGUGAAUCGCCAAAGUCUAAACAAUACCGCAGAUCGCGCCGAAUUGCUUCUUUCGGGCAUUAGGUUUAUUCUUUCGAAGAUCCGAUCGAAUCGCGUUCAGUUCCUCGAUCUGCUUCUUGGAGCCGUACGUCGGCUUUCGUCCUAUCUCGCUUACAAUCCUCUUGACAGCCUGUACGAGGUGAUGGUUCUACUUGAUAAUGUUCACAUGAGUUGCCUCCUAGCGAUACAGCUUCCGGAAGUGAUCGAUUUACAGCAAACCGGCAGCUUCCGAUCAGUACACCGGAUCGUUUCGCUGCUUCUUGCGCAACAGAUACGCAUGCUUCAUGAGACCAAAUGCUCGGGGUGGGCUGAAGAUCCUCUCGUAUUUCCCGUUUGCCGUGCGCUGCUUUACCAGAGCCGUAGCGAGUCGCGAACAGAAGCGUCCAUUCAAUUGGAGCUGCUACGCUGGAUUCACAUUGGUGUUCGCUACUAUCCAAUCGGUGUGUUGGAAAAUGAGCGACAGAAGCGGAUCGGCGUGCCGGACACGGUAUUCAAUUUAGUUUACGAACAGCUUUCCCAUGAUGAAGGCUGCUCAAAUGGUAUCAACGGAAACGAUUUGUGCGCGAAAAACAAAAUCAAACGUGAAUCACUGUCCGCGUUCGAUGUGGUCAACGAAGACUUUGACCACGUCACUGUUCCGCAUAUUCAGCAGGUACAGGAGCAGGAAACGAUUAUCAAGUGCGUCGGGUUCGCGUUACAACUGAUGCUCUGUCGGCUAAAGCCGGAAACCGCUAACGAACGUUCGCGAGAGGCACGCACCACUUUCGGGCAGUUGCUGCACUUGAUAAAGGGUACUUUGCAGGAUGAAGCAACGGUGGCCACUGCAUUCCAAACCACGCUCGAUCAUCUGAUCCGUUCCAAACAGUACCCACCGGUGCUGACUCUGGUUCAUCUGUUAAUGUCCUACCAACCGGCCAUAGGGUUGACGAUACCAGUACCAUACGCAGAGAACGUUUAUCGAAAAGCAAUCAAGUACCUGCUCUCCCAGAAGGACCCGAACUACAGCAGCGCCAUCAUGACGCUGUCCACGUGUCAAAAUCGGGAUACCUGCAUCGAGUACUUGCGUAUGACUUUGAUGAACGAAUCGCAGAGAGUUUCCCUGCACACUCUACUGGAGUUCUAUUACUUCACGAUCGGCCAGGAAGCGAAGGCAGUUGAGGAGCGCAACCAGAGCCAGCGUUACACACUCUUCCACGAGCUGUGCAAGCUCGAUCCAUCGCUGAAGUCGAAGAAAUCCUUUAUCUUCCACUCGCAGGCUGAUCUUAUGAAAGAGCUGAAGCACAAGGUGAUCGGCGUGGAGUUGCUGCGCAAGAUGAGCGACGCAUUCAGCUGGGACUACCAGCAGAUGCUGGUUUCGCAGAUACUGACCUUCUUCAGCCAGCAGGAACCCUCGUUCACCGUUUGCACCGAUGAGUACGGUCGCGAGCAGGUUCUCGUGCAGGAUAAGCCCGAGGCAAUGCUAGAGCGCCUCGCAACGCACCUGGCCGAAAUCGAAAACGCAGUGCUGCUGUGUUCCAAGCUCACCAAGUUCAUGGAAGAGGCGAACGGUUACUUUUACGAGCAAUUUUUCUGCAUCUUCGACAUACUGGCCCAAUUCAGCGAACUCACCGACGAGAUCGGUAUGUGGCGCAAUAUACUGAUGUUUAUGAAGGAAAAUCUCACCGGCCGCCGACGGCAGCGGCCAGGGCAUCUGGAGCAGGAGGCAUGGGUACGAAUGCAUCCGGACGGCGAUAUGCUUCCAGACAUCGCCAAGUAUCGCUACCCGUUCAUGCUGAUCGUGCGCCAACCGCUAAAGGUGCUGCUGAAGGAGGACAUCGCGAUUGACAACUACCAGAAGCUGCUGGUGCUGGUAAAGAUGAAGUCAGCGCUUGAGGGUCUGGACUGCGACGAAAUGAACGAUUACUUCUGCAAAUCGGCGGUCGUCAACUCGAUCAACGAGUACAAGAUACAGAACAAGGAAAAAAGUCAACACAGCGAGUGGCAUCAGCAGGCGAAAAAUAAAGCUUUCCUGCAAUCGAUACUGCGCAUCGUGGACAGUGUAAAGGAUCGCUCUUCCAAGCUGAUAAUCCUGUACUACAUCACUUGCAACGCGUCGGACGGUGAGGAUCAGGUUAAUGCCGCUCACGCUUGCUAUCAGUUCGCCCGGAAGCACGAAACCGAACUGGUCACCGUUCCGGAGGCCAAGGAAAAGUUGGACAAAAUAUUCCGCAAGUAUCCGGUGUUGAAGACGCAGCAGCUACUCCAACAAAGCGGUGUCACGGAAGAGAAGCAGUUCCAGCUCGUGCGCAACCCACAGGAACUGAUCCAAGCCCUGUACAGCGAGUCGUGCUUCCAGAAGGUGAAGGUGAACGAGCUUGUCGAAGUGGUUGGCAAACUGUAUGACCUCGACGUGGAAGCGAUCCAGACGAUGUUGCUGCAGAAAUGGAUAACCAUUUUCGGCGGUGGCGCUGAAUCGGCCGACGAUUUCAAUGGAAUGCUCGAGGAAACGCUGUACGAUGAUCACAACGUGUCGCAAGGAAGCCAGAACGAUGACGCCUGCGUGCAGGACUACAUGAAGCGAGCGUACUACAUUCUCAGCAGCUGGGAGCGGGCGAAGAGUAUCGAGUUCCUGGUGGCCCAGCUUAACUCGGGUGCCGAUAGUUCGUCGGACAUUGGCAAACAGCUGCAGAUUUACCAGUGCUUCAGUAAGCUCGUGGAUGCGAACUGCAACCCGUAUCAGACGUUCUUUACGCAGCAGCGCUACACGGCGCUCAAAUGCGUCCACCUGUUGAAGUCGCUCGGGCUCAACAAUCUUUCGAUUCAGAAAUUUGAGGAGACGGACAAAAUGGCACUGCUCAAAAUGCUGUGGCAAUCGCACGCCACCAAUCCGAGAGGCCUGGAGGUGCUGGCCCUGAUUUGCAUCGGGUACAGUAUCUAUAAACCACAGAUUUGGAACGGCAUUCUCAAGCAGAUGGCACGGCUCGGGAUGGUACGACAUCUGCGCGGCCUGAUCGACAUCGUGACUGCGAAACGACAACUGUUCGCUCUCGACGGCUACCGAAUGGCGUGGGAGCUGCUGAUCAAGGAACCGUUCCGUAGCGCCAGCCGCGAACAGUCCCUUGCGGAGGACGCAAUGUUAGCCCGCUCGCUCGUGAUGAUGCAAAAGUGUCCGAUAUCGUCCCGUUUGAACCUGCUGGAGAUUGCGGGUGUGUGCGUAAACGUGAAUCGAGUCAACAUGGCCGCGGUAAUGAUCGGUUUUGCCGAACACGAUCAAAAGGAAGCCCUGAAAAAGUUGAUCGCCAACAAUGCGGUUCCCAAUCUGAAGGAUCAAAUUCAAGACCUGGAAGAGUUUGGUCUCGUAACGACCGUCACGAAGGCCGUCUGCCGGGAACUUAGUCUGGACGAUGUUUCACCUCAACAGCGGACGUCAAAGCAACGAUCCGAUUAAUGUCGGCUUUCUAUUUGUUUCGUAUUUUACACCUUUUCCUCUUCAAUAUUGUCCAUCUCAGAAUAUAGUACAUAGCUGCUCUUUGUAUUUGUAGGUCACAAUAAAUUAAUGCUUUCUU